AUGGCGCAACUCUCCGCCUCUCGCCAACAAGAAGCGGCACGUACGAGACCCAAGCGGCUUGGCCCGGUAGCCCCGCUACCCCGGCGCAGCGCACCGCCACCUCCUCUCGCUCUUCUAUCUCACCUCAACGCCUUUCCCACCCCUCCGGGAAGGAAGGCUGAGGGGACCGGCGCGUUCCCCGCCACACACCGAGCGCAGCAGAGAGGCGGCAGGACGUCUCCCCCGAGCAGCCGACAGAGAAGGACGGUCUCGGCGGACCCUGAUAUUCGCCGGAGCUGUGCUCCUCCGCGGGCACCGCGACGCCGCUACCACCCCUUCCCCGGGGGAAAGGCUGUGCCACCGUCCCCGCCCCGGUCCCCUCCGCCGGGCAACUGCCCCCCGCAGGAGUCUCCCGAGCGGAGGGGUGGCAGAGCCGUGGUUGCGCUGCCGCCCGCCGCCCCCGCACGCACCCGUCACCCGCCGCUGCCGCCAUCUUGGGCGCCCCGAGCUGCAGCCUCCUCGGAGCGCCCCCUCCGCGACGUCAGCGCCGCGCAGAGGCCAAACACCACCACCACCACCCCCUCCCCACACGGCGCGGGGAUCCCCGCUCCGGUCUCCCCUCCGCCGCCCCGGGCGGGCGGCGGGAGGGCAGGAAAAGCGACUUUGAGCUGGCGGGGAAGCGCCGCUAGGUACCCCCCAACGCGGCCACCCCGGGCUGGGCCGUGUCGCCACCCCACACCCACCUGCCGGGCGCGGGACGGGAAGCACCGAUCGCCAUGUGCCGGUGGCGGCUCUGUCACCAGAUUUGUAGCGUCCUUCCCACGUCUCCUCCCACCUCCCCCGGCCUCCCCCGCCCACCACCGCCAGCCCCGCGGCCGGCCCAAGCGGGCUGGUCCCGUGGGGCCGGACGCAGGAAACCGGGCGGGGAGCGGCAGAGGCGCUGCGGGGCCGCUGCCCCGGUAA